UUUAGCAGACAGCUCGAAUCUGCAAACAUUCCUGUUUUGGUCCCAGAAGAAAUCAGAAUGUUAACUUUUGAGAUAUUUUUAACUCUUGGAAUGCAUAUUAGUUUUCCUGAACAUAAUGUAUAGAUAUAGGAGUAGUCAUGGCAGAAUUUGGUUGGGGUUUAUCAGAGGAACUUAAAAAGAAGGCUAAACGAGAGCUGAAUGAGGACCCUGAUGAAAUAAAAGAUGCAAUACUAGGAGUACGAGAACAGAUUAUCACAAGACCAGAUAUUACUUUCUUAAGGACAGAUGAUACCUUCAUAUUACGAUUUCUGCGGGCUAGAAAAUUUGACACAUUUGAAGCGUUUAAGCUGUAUGGGAGAUAUUUUGAAUUUCGUCAGGACAAUCCAGAUAUCUUCAAGAAAUUCCAGGCAUCAGAGACUGGAAUAAAGGAUGCUUUACUUGAUGGUCUUCCAGGAGUUCUUCCAAACCAUGACCAUUUUGGUCGGAAAAUAUUUGUUUUGUAUUCUGCAAACUGGGACAAUGGCCGCUAUGGCCUAGAUUCUAUAUACAGAUCCAUCUUGUUGACGUUAGAGAAGUUAAUAGAUGAUGAUGAGGCUCAAAUUAAUGGAUUUGUUGUAAUAGUUGAUUGGAGUCAGUUUACUUUUAAGCAGUCAAUGUGGUUGAGCCCAAAAGUUCUGAAACAGAUGAUAGAAGGAUUGCAGGACUGUUUUCCUGCCAGAUUUGGAGCAGUACAUUUUGUUAACCAGCCUUGGUAUAUAGAAGCUAUGUUUAAGUUACUGAAGCCUUUCCUUAAAGAAAAGAGUAGAGACAGGAUUCAUAUGCAUGGUAUCAACUUAGGAACCUUACACAACUACAUACAUAAAGAGGUAUUACCUGCAGAGUUAGGAGGUACUUUACCUCCCUAUAACAACCUCAUCUGGGCAAAGGAACUGAUAGGUGAUGAGAGUUUCAGCUUUGGUGACAAACAAAUCUAUUGGCCAGACUACUGCUUUUCUUCCAAGAACAGAUCUGAAUCAUUGCCAAGUGAAUUGUACACAAAAGCUGAAUAUGAAGAAGAAGAAGUUAGUAGAGAUAUAGAUGAUAUUAUAAAGAACAAACCAAAGUUGACAAGUAGCAAGUCACUCGGGAAUGCAAGGGCACAUCUUGAUGAAGAAUUUUUCCUUAUAGAAUAGCUAUAUUAAAGACUAAAGGCACAUCUGGACCAAGAUUUAUUAGUUAUAGAAUAACUUUAAAGACUUAAGGCAUGUCUUAAUGAAAAAUUCUUCCUUAUAGAAUAAUUAUAUAAGGACUAUAAAAUGCACAUCUGGACCAAGAUUUAUUCCUUAUAGAAUAACUUUAAAGACUUAAGGCAUGUCUUGAUGAAGAAUUCUUCCUUAUAGAAGAACUUCAUAAAGACUAAAGGUUCAUCUGAACACAGAUUUCAUUGUUAAUGUAUAAAUUAUUCUUCAUGAAGAAGAAUAAAGUCCCAAAUGAACAGAUUCUUCCUUAAAGAAAUAAUUGUUCCUCAUGAAGAUAACUAAAGGCAACAAGAGGUCAUCUUAGCAAAAAUUUAUCUGGUAUAUUAUUUAAACUUAUAUUUUAUAUCCUGGAAAAAGGGAGAUAAUUGUUAGAUAUUAGAAUUCUUUGUUUAUUUUUCAAAAAAAUGUGUAAAAAUCUUUACAAAAAUUUGUCUGACAUAUAAACUUUUAAAAUAACUCUGAAAAAAGGGGAGAUAGUUUUAAAUAAUAAGAAUUAACUAUUUCUUAAUUUUCAAAAAAUGUAAAAAUAUGAAAUAUGAAUUGGUUAGAAAGUAAAGCACAUACUAGAUAAAUAACAAAUAGCUAAUUCAUUAAUAUGAUUAAGAAAAUGGUAAGUGAUGAGAUGAACUUCUCUUUGAAAAAAAAUCCAUGAUUCAUAAUUAGUUUUUAAUUCUUAUCAGGGCUGUUUAAUUUGAACAUACAUGGGACCCAGGUAAGGCACUUUCAAAAUGGGGUUGAUUUAGAAUUUCACUGAAACUGUCACUGCACUUGACACCUACCCAUAGUGGACUUUUCAAAGUGUCUUCCCUGUUUCCCAUUUAGGUUUUUAAGGAAUAGCCCUUUGUGGUGUUGCCUGUUGAUGUGCUGGUCCAUUUACUAUUUUACUUAUAUUGGAAAAAUCAAACAAAAUGGAAUUUAUGUCUCUUUUAAAGUUUUGUAAAUGACUAAAUGCUAAUUUUUAAUUGAAUUAAACAAUUUAAUUCAUACCUGUGCAAUAUUGAUAUAAAAUGUGUUCACUUUAAUUGGCUUUAAUGCAUAUGUUUUUUUAUUGAUCUGAAGAUUUAUGUACUGUAAUGUUUUUAAUUUUCAUGGAUUUUAGUUUUGCACUUUUGUUAUCCUUGAAUCUGUUCUUCCUUAAAGAUCAAGUUUAUGCCAGGGGAUAAAAUUUCAAGUUAAUUUUAAUCAUGAAACUAGCAUGGUUGGGAUUUUAUGCAGUUUUAAUAUAUAGUUGCAAUUGACUCAACUAAUUUUUACUACGUGUACCAAGGUUGAUACUUAAAUAUCUUUGAAAUAUUUUUCUUCUUUGUAUCUUUACCAUUUUUAAUAUUUAAGGAUUGAGAUGCAUUACAUUCACUGCUUUUUCUUUUUCAAUUGAUUUUU